AACACAAAACGAUUUGUGGUUUUUUGCAUUUUGGCAUGUAGGCCACGUGAAUUUAAUAUCAACCACACUUUAAAUUCAAUAUAUACUCAUUUCCUUGGUUCUCGAUUGCAACAGUUGCUGCCCCAGUCAUCCACAACAAGUUCCAAUUUUUAUAGCUACCAUAGAUGGCAACUGCGACUGCAUGGAAUAUUGUGUUAAGAAGCUCUGGUGCGAAGAAUAGAGCGACAGUAUCUACUAAUAGAAGAGAGGUUAGAGCAAGUGGCUUAAGUGUUAGGAAGAGGCAGCUGGUUUCACAUGAGGGACUUAGGGUUUUGUAUAAUGCUGAGAGGUUAACCCGAGCAAGAAAGAUUCGAAAUGAGAAUUCAAGAAAAGUGAUGAUAUGUGAAUGUGGGAUGAAUUUGGUUUUUGUGGGAGCAGAAGUAGGUCCAUGGAGCAAAACCGGUGGACUCGGUGAUGUUCUUGGUGGUCUCCCUCCUGCCAUGGCUGCAAAUGGACAUCGUGUAAUGACAGUAUCACCUCGUUAUGAUCAAUACAAGGAUGCUUGGGAUACUGAAAUAGAACUUGAGCUCAAGGCUGGGGACAGAACUGAAAAGGUGCGAUUCUUCCACUGCUACAAGAGAGGUGUUGAUAGGGUGUUUGUGGAUCAUCCAAUGUUCCUUGAGAAGGUUUGGGGAAAGACAGCUUCGAAAAUAUAUGGACCUGUAGCUGGAAUAGACUACCAAGAUAAUCAGAUUAGAUUCAGCUUACUAUGCCAGGCAGCUUUGGAAGCCCCAAGGGUGUUGAAUCUCAAUAGUAGUAAAUACUUCUCAGGGCCAUACGGGGAAGAUGUUGUCUUCGUUGCCAAUGAUUGGCAUUCGGCACUUAUUCCGUGCUACUUGAAAAGCAUGUAUCAGUCUAGAGGAAUAUAUAUUAGUGCUAAAGUUGCGUUCUGUAUCCACAACAUAGCAUACCAAGGCAGAUUUGGUUUUUCAGACUUUUCACUCCUAAAUCUCCCAGAUGAGUUCAAAAGCUCUUUUGAUUUCAUCGACGGAUAUGAAAGACCAGUAAAGGGAAGGAAGAUUAAUUGGAUGAAAGCAGGAAUACUGGAAUCGCAUAAGAUCUUAACUGUGAGCCCUUACUAUGCUCAGGAGCUUGUUUCUGGGCCAGACAAAGGAGUGGAAUUAGAUAAUAUCCUCCGCAAAACAUCCAUCCAUGGAAUUGUCAACGGGAUGGAUGUCCAAGAAUGGAAUCCCAUGACCGAUAAAUACACUGGUGUCAAAUUUGAUUCUACCACUGUAAUGAGUGCAAAGCCGCUUAUAAAGGAAGCCCUACAAGCGGAGGUUGGAUUGCCGGUGGAUAAGAAGAUCCCAGUGAUAGGUUUCAUAGGCAGGCUUGAAGAGCAGAAAGGUUCAGAUAUCCUUGCUGCAGCAAUCCCGAAAUUCAUAGACGAGAAUGUCCAGAUAAUAGUUCUUGGGACUGGGAAAAAGGCGAUGGAGAAGCAGCUGGAUGAUUUAGAGACACAAUACCCACUGAAGGCCAGAGGAGUAGCGAAAUUCAAUGUGAAACUGGCUCAUAUGAUUAUAGCUGGAGCUGAUUUUAUAAUAGUUCCUAGUAGAUUCGAACCAUGUGGUCUCAUACAGUUGCAAGCAAUGCCUUACGGAUGUGUGCCCAUUGUUGCGUCAACUGGGGGGCUUGUUGACACGGUGAAAGAAGGCUACACAGGAUUUCAGAUGGGAGCUUUUAAUGUUGAGUGUGAAAAGGUUGAUCCAGCGGAUGUAAGUGCAAUAGCCAAAAGUAUUACAAGGGCACUUGCAGUCUAUGGUACUCCGGCUUUUUCAGAGAUGAUUCAAAACUGUAUGGCUCAAGAACUUUCAUGGAAGAAACCUGCCAAGAAGUGGGAAGAGGCGCUUCUGAGUUUGGGGGUUGAAGGUAGUGAGGCUGGGAUUGAAGGAGAAGAGAUUGCUCCUCUUGCCAAGGAAAAUGUAGCUACACCUUAAUUACACCAACAACAAUGGACCACAGGACCAGGCAAAAAGUAAGGUUCCAUAUUGUAUUGUAGCUAGAGUAUAUAUUUUUAGUUACGCUAAAAGUGAGUUGGUUUGAUCUCCAAUGAACUAUUGUAUAGAGCUGCAACUUUAAGCCAGGUUAAAGCAUGUGGUGUCCGUUGUUGGGAAUUGUCUUUGUAUGGUAAUUUCGUUUCAUGGUAAA